AGCAUACACACCACUCACGCACGAUGCUCCGCGCUCUCCGCCCCCUCGCCCGGCAGACCGCCGUGCCCCGCGCACUCCCCGCCGCCCGCCGGUGGGCCACGACCGUCAACGGCGAGGAGCACCACUCGCCCUCCGAGGUCGCGCCGCCUCCGCCUCCCGGUGUCCCCGUCGACCCCCAGCUCAACGGCUACCCCCAGCUUCCUUACGUCUCGCUCCAGACCCGCGAGCCCUUCGGAUGGUGGGACAUCCAGGAGAGGAAGAACUUCAACGAGCUUGUCCACGAGGAGGAGGACGUCCUCGGCAUGUGGGGACCCGACGUGCACAAGAUCUCUCCCGGCCGCGCACUCGCCCAGAUCGGCAUCGCCGCGUCGCUGAUCGCAGCGUUUGGAUACCUCAUCUACCAGACGGCGCCAGAGAGCCCCGUCGCCCGCCGCGAGUACCCAUACGACGGGCUGAGCAAGGAGCUCGGCGGAUGGUCCAAGGCGCGCGUCGAGGAGCCAGAGGUUGACGAGUAGACAUGGUGAUGGACGGACGACGGGAAGACAGACCAACAAGCAUAUGCACUAAAAUGACUAUC